UGUACGGAUUUCGCUUUUUGAAGAGCUUUUUCGUCCCGCUACGGCCGCCGUAGACAACACAGAGGCCCGCCCCAGUCUCAAACGGUCGGAGGUGAAACUAGGAAGUCCGCGAAAACCUGUUUGAGAGAGACUAGCGCAGCAGAAGCAGCAUUUUAAAUCAGGACCAAAGAAAUGCGCGGAGUUUGCUGUUUGCGUUGAGUUCAGGGCCGCUCGCUGUCAACGGGAUCAUGGCCGUGUUGCGUUCAAAGUCCUCGCUGCUGUGGCUCCUCGUUGUUGUCGCAGCUCAUGUGGCUGAAGCCGCGGGCAGACCGAGGCAGCGGAUGAAGCUUAUCGAGGACGGGAAGCAGGUCUCGGGGUCCCGAGACAACGCGGUCUCUUUGGGAGCCACCAAAACCUCCGGCGGGCCCGAGCCGGGAGACCCCGCGGCCGCGUUCAAAGUCCCAACUCUGGAUGGGGAGUUUUCCUACCAGCCCGGAGCGCUGCAGGGAUCUGUGGUCAUUCACGCCUUCACCAACAAGUCCGGGUUUCUGGAGUGUCUGUGGAGCUCGGAGUCGUCCCUGAGCAGCCUGGUGCAGGACCUGCCGGGCAGCACACAGGUGCUCUUCCUGUCCCUGGACGACUCCGCGGUCAGUGAUGCUCUCUGGAUGAGGGAGCAGCUGCGACGGGCCGCCAUGCACAGCAAGAAGGAGGUUCUGUCCAGGCUUCACUUCUCCCCGGUGCCGGUCUUCGCUCUGGGUAACUGGAUCCCCUACGUGCUGUACUCCUGGGGCUGCCUGGGACACAACUGUGGCCUCUCCCAGGCUGUUUUCACCUCCGAGGGGUGGAACAUGCCUAUAAUUGUCAAGAGACUGGAUGCCAGGUAUGACUGGCUCACGGCGCGUUGGGGUCCGACGCCCUAUCAGUUGACUGAGGCAGGAAACGGAUGUGAUCCUUCGCCAUCUGUGGCAGGUGCUGUGGCCUGGGUGUCUGAGGGCAGCUGCUCCUUCUUCACUAAGGUGCGGACCAUGGCCAGAUCCAACGCCUCCGGUGUCCUUGUCUACGCCCUCCCUGGCAACCCGAUCCAGGACAUGAACUGCGCUGAGGACGAAUGUUAUUCGCCACUGGGCAUCCCAGCUGCCAUGGUGCACCUGGAGCCUUCGGUUGCCCAGGCGCUCCGGCUUGGACAGAAGGUCUCUGUGUCCUUCCAGACCACCCCGUCCCCGAACUUCUUCGUCGGUAUUGACCAACGGGGGGCGCUGUCCGAGCUGGGCUGGCUCCUUUACCCAGCGUUCAGCUUCGUCAACUGGCAGGCGCAGUGGUUUGAUUUCUAUGCAGACCUGGAGACCAGACUUCAAAGUCCCGCCGAGGUGGUUUCAGUCUUUGACAAAGUCCAAAUGCAGGGGGAGAAAGGAGCGGUGGCUACAGUCGACCUGCCUUCAGGCCUGUUGGACUUUGACACGCUGGAGCUGGACGCGUCCCUGUCGUGCCCCGGCAGGCGGGACUCGUCGUGCGCUCAGUGGGACCACACGGUGCAGCUGUUCGUCUGCUGCGAUCACCACGGCCCGUACUGCGACACGGAGCUGGGCCGGUGGAUCACCGCCUUCCGCAGAGGCAUCGGGCACUGGUUGACAGACGUGUCGCCCCUCGUCCCCCUGCUGGACAGCAACAGAUGCACCUUCACCAUGAAGACGGUGCCUUGGGCCAUGCCGUGGAUCGUCUCCCUCAACCUGAGGCUCGGCGGCGGCAACCGGACAGGUAAUCGUGUGGAGAAUCUCCACCCCUUCAAAGUGAUGUCACUGUACAGCGGUGGGACCUUCGACAAAAACUACAACAAGAAAUACCAGCCCAUCAAAUUCCCCGUCCCGGCUUCAACCAAAAAGGUGGAGCUGUUCGCCGUCAUCACGGGGCACGGCAGCGACGAGAACGGCUGCGGAGAAUUCUGCGUGACCUCCCACCACUUCUUAAUCAACGAUGUGUUCAACAACACCCGCAUAUUUGAUUCUGCAGGAACAGCUCUGGGCUGUGCCAUGCGAGUGAAAGAGGGAGCGGUACCAAACGAACACGGCACAUGGCUGUACGGGCGAGGAGGCUGGUGUGACGGACUACAGGUCAACCCCUGGAGGAUCGAUAUCACCAAACAGUUGGACAUGAGCGGAUCCAAAGCCAACACUGUCGUCUACUUCGGUUUGUUCGACGAGCAGGAUCCUAAUCCGUCCCAGGAGCCCGGAUACAUCAUCAUGUCUUCUUUUCUUGUCUUCUACAAAUGAUGCCGCUCUGUAAAAACUCAGCUUUUUUCUGAAUGUCGAUCUGAAUGAGUGAAUGUGAUACCGAAUGUACAAUCAAGUCAAAGAUUAAAAUUUCUAUUUUCCUA